GUUUUUCCACAGGGAUUCCGCUGUUAAACACGAUCAUUAUAAAAUGAAGUCGAUAUAACGCGGGAUGGUGACUUCAUCAGAAGCACACAGCACCGAUUAACAUCAUUCUAGCUCACAAUAAGUAUGUCUUAAAUGGUUUAUUAUAAGCUAUCGCUCAAAAUCAAUUCCCCUAUGGAGAAAAUGAAUAGGGCGUUAACUUCCGGAACCCGGCUGUUCGUCUCAUAGCAACCAACGGGAAGUGCUUCCUGUGAGGGGGAAAGACUCAAGAGCGUGUGAUCUCUCUCUUCGCCAACAAUCUCGGGUAGACUAUGUAACGUGAUAACGCAAACCAGAAAUAGCCACCAGAUUACAGCAUGAUUUUGAGAACGUAAACAUUUUACCGCAACAGUAACGGGCUUUGUUUCGCAAGCACUUCAUUCACAGGCUGCGCGUUUGAUUGUAGCUGCAUGCAGGCGUUUACACAGCUGUAAACAAAUGCAGAAACGCGAGGUCAACAACGCUGCAAUUCAACACCAGCGAACGCUGGAAAAACAUAAGACCCUCUGACCCAACAAAAGACCCCAACAAACGCGUUUACAAUGAGCAAAACAAUAGAGAGCCGACAGAAUGAGAUGAGCUAACACAAUCAGCCUCACCCUGCUACAAACACAGCCCUCUCUAUACGAGUUAAUGCACUCUGCCGAGUGACCACGAGAGUUUCAGUCGAGUUUAAGGUUGUUUAUCAUGACCUUACUACCGAGGAUUGUGAAAUGGGUCGAGAAAAGCGCUUCCUCGAUGUACUUUCACUAUCUGUGCAGCGCAAACAUGAGCACUAAUAAGCGCAGACUGCGAGUUCUGGUGGAUAUGGACGGAGUCAUCGCGGACUUCGAGGGAGGAUUCUUAAAGAAGUACAAGGAGAAGUUUCCAAACGAGCCUUUCGUGUCUUUAGAGGACAGAAGAGGAUUCUGGGUGUCCACACAGUAUGGAGGCGUGAGGAGUGACCUGUGUGAAAAGGCCAUCAGCAUUUGGGAGUCCAAAAACUUCUUCAUUGACCUGGAGCCUCUUCCUGGAGGAGUGGAGGCGGUGAAGGAGAUGUCCAAGAUGAAGAAUACAGAUGUCUUCAUUUGCACCAGUCCUAUAAAACAUUACAGCUACUGUCCGUAUGAAAAGUAUGCCUGGGUAGAGAAACAUCUGGGCUCCGAGUUCCUGGAGCAGAUCAUCUUGACCAGAGACAAGACCAUAGUGACCGGAGACAUCCUCAUCGAUGACAAACCUGAUAUCCUGGGUGUGGAGCCCAAUCCGUCCUGGGAGCAUGUCCUGUUCACUGCCUGCCACAACAAUCACCUGCCGCCAAACUCAUCCCAGAGACGCCUUCUGUCCUGGGCCGACGACUGGAGGGGAGUGCUGCAGAGCAAGCGCCAGUAAAACAUCAUGAUUUGUGCUUAGAUGGGUAAUGGAUCCUGUGUCAGCCCCCAUAUUCAGUAUUAUCCUGUAAAUCGAUUAUACAGGUCACAAAAACGGUAGUGUUUUUAUAUAUACAACGGAUUGAGUCAUUCAUGCGAGACUUUUAGCAUCAUUUUAUUGUUUAUUAUGCUUCUACCGAGGGCUUGAAAUCCAUAGUUUACAUCGAGCAUAAACUGCCUUCCACCUCAGUCUCUAAUGGGAUCUUUGUAGAAACGAAGGGAGGAUGUUUAAAUGCUGUUUGCGCACAAAUGCACGUGUAAACAUAAGCAUGCAAUUGUCAAAAUCACUACGAUUUUCCACUGGUUUUCUCACUCUGAUGGGAGUAUGUUGACAUAUUUAAUUUAUUAUGAUAGUUUUAAUUCAGGGAGAAGAACACAAUACUUGACAGAACAAGACGUGUUUGUUUGUGCAUUGUUUCGUGUCAGUAAACAAAGACCGAGCACUGCAUGUUGAGCUCAUGUACUGUGACGGCGUGUUUUUAGACACUAGAGGACGCUGUGAGCACGUUGUUAUUAGUUGCUUUUUAAUCAGAACGUCAUUUCGGUUCAUACUUUAUUAUUAGUUUGGAAUGAAUCUUUUAAUAAACUUUUUUUAUGCCUUGAGAACAGGUGUUUUGGUUUAUGGCUUUGGCAAGUGCAUUAUCUUUUGUCAUGUCUAAUUAAUAAACAAACAUAAACUACUGUUUAUGAUAUAUAUUUUUAAAAUGCAUUAAUACUCUUAAUCAAGGAUGCAUUAAAUUGAUCAAAAGUGACAGUAAAGACAUUUAUAAUGUUACAAGUGUUUUCUGUUUCAAAUAAAUACUGUUCUUUUGAACUCCGUUCAUCUGUGAAUCCUGAAAAAUAAAAUUUCCACAAAAAUAUUGUGCAGCACAAUUGUUUUCAGCAUUGAUGAUAAUCAGAAAUGUUUCUUGAGCAGCAAAUCAGCAUAUUAGAAUGAUUUCUGAAGAUCAUGUGACACUGAAGACUGGAGUAAUGAUGCUGAAAAUACAGCUGCGCAUCACAGAAAUAAAUUACAUUUUAACAUAUUCACAUAAGAAACAAGUUAUUUUAAAUUGUAAUAACAUUUCAGAAAUUUUAAUGUAUUUUUGAUUAAAUAAAUGUGGCCUUGGUGAAACUUAAAAACAUGAAGAAAUUCAGAAAUCAUUCUAAUAUGCUGAUUUGCUGCUCAAGAAACUUUUCUGAUUAUUAUCAAUGUUGAAAACAGUUGUGCUGCUUCAUAUUUUUGUGGAAACCGUGAUACAUUUUAUUUUUCAGGAUUAUUUGGGAAAUAGAAAGUUCAAAAGAACUGCAUUUAUUUGAAAUAGAAAUCUUUUAUUAACAUUAUAAAUGUCUUUGCUUAUGCUCAAUUUAAUGAAUCCUUGCUGAAUAAAAGUAUUAAUUUCUUUAAAAUGAAAACAUAAAAAUCUAACUGACCCCAACGUUUUUUGCAGAUGUGCAAAAUUCAUUACUGUGGACCUAAAUGCAUUUAUCUCAUGCAUGUCAUUUGAAACGCUCACAGUGACUUUGUAUGACUUUAAAACAGGGUUUAUCAUCCAUUUAUAAGAACAAACAAACAAAAUGUAAUCUUACAGAUGACAUUUUAAAGUGCGACAAGAAACGCUGUUUAAAGUUCAUUGCUCUUGAUCAACACAGACAUCUCGUCUCUCAAGCGCAGCUGAACACUAGAGCUCAGUCACUGAGAUAAUGGCCUGAUUCAUUCAUUUCAUCAUGAAAGACAACAGGAGAUCAUGAGAUUGGCAAGUUCGACGUAAUGUUAGGAGAGAAACACUUUGUUAUGGUUAUGGUUAUUGUCAUUUUAUAAGCUAAUCUUAUCAAAGUUAUGUGAUAUGGACAUCAGGAAUGGCAGCACAGUCUUAACUCAUCCGACAAGGUUGUGUGGUCAAAAAAUAAAUUAGCAAAAUGUCUCUUAAACUGAAAUAAAAAGUUCUGUCAUAUGCAUGUUUAAAGAAACAGCUCAUCUCUGGUACUUUCUUUAAUCUGAACAUGAUUAAAAACAACCCGAUGGUUUAAGCAAAGUUUGAAAGGAGUUAACUUGAAAAAAAUAUUUAACCGAAAAAUGAACAUUUGCUGAAAAUGUGCCUCAGGCCAUCCAAGAUGUAGAUGAGUUUGUUUCUUCAUCAGAUUUGGAGAAAUGUAGCAUUGCAUCACCUGCUCGCCAAUGGAUGCUCUGCAGUGAAUGGGUGCCGUCAGAAUGAGAGUCCAAACAGCUGAUAAAGUGCAUCUCCUGUUAUCCCUCACAUCAAAAUCCAGCCACAUAUUUGUUUAGAGCUGUUUUGGCUUGUAAACAGUGCUUGAUCUGUGCAGAUUUCUCUCCUGAUUCAGACCAGACCACUUUUUCACCGGAGGAAGCGUUAUUAUGGAUUAUGGACUUUAUGGAUUUUAUUUAAAAACAUCUUGAUGUUCUUUUUCUUACAGACAUGUAGCUUUUGUCUUCUCCAGAUGUUAACUGAUGGACUGGAGUGGUGUGGAUUAUUGUGAUGUUUUUAUCAGCUGUUUGGAUUCUGACGGCACCCAUUCACUGCAGAGCAUCCAUUGCUGAGACACUGAUGCAAUGCUACAUUUCUCCAAAUCUGAUGAAGAAAUAAACUCAUCUACAUCGCAGAUGACCUGAGAGUGAGCACAUUCUUAGCGAAUUUUCAUUUUCGAGUGAACUAUUCCUUUAAAGGAUAUCACAGGAUCUUAAUACGUGUCAUCUCUACCUGAAGGCUGAACUAUUAAACAGAAGACGUAGCUUCAGUUCUUGAGUAAUGAUUGCAGUACACUAGAGCUGUAUUUCUCUGACUCGGCACAUCACUGACACUCUUCUGCGCUUGCUUUUGUCCUUCAUAUAAUUUAUCUUUUUUGUGCUUUGUGCCAUGCCAUUUAAAGUAGAUAUUAAUGCAUUUGCAAACGUUCAUUCAGAAGUGAACGUUAAGAUUAAUUAUCAACCGGUGGUGCUAUGGUGUCUGUUCGCCGCUGUGAAUAUUCUAGACAUGGUCCUUGGCAUGAAAGCACAAAUGUGCUGAGAAUAAAUAGCCAUGAACACAAAAGCCAUUGCCAAAGCAUUGUGUUUUCACUAUUAUCAGCAGUAUUUCUUUAAGUUUAGAAUUCAUCUGUUUAACAGGAGAGGGACUACAUUUAGUGACUGUUUGCAUGAAUAUUUUUUUCUUUUUUUAAAAUAAAAUGUUACCUUUAUGUAAUGAGGAUUUUUAACAGUUAUCAAAAGAGUUUUAAAGACUCUCCUCCUGCAGGAGUGAUGAAGUGGUUUAUUAUAGAAUUAUUAAAGGGCAAAUGUUCAAACCUGUUUGAAAUUUAAAAAAUUGAUUGAAGCAUGCAUAAUUAAGAAGAUUAUGUAAAAAAUUAUGUAAAAGGAGAUACUGCAGCGCCUUUUCUCAUAGGAUCGUUUUAAAAAAUGACACAAGGUUGAAACAAAAAUCUAUUUUUGGGAAAUAUAAAAAAAAAAAAAAAAACCUAAUUGUCCUGUUAAAUAUUUUGUACUUUUCAGCUAAUUGACUGAUUUUAGUCUCGUUUCAGUCGUGUUGAUUUCAUCGAUAGAUGUGCUCAGUUGUGUCAUGAAUGUGAAAAGUAAAUGUAUUGUUACUCAUCUUGUUAAUGACUGUUGUAUGAUCCUGGUGCUCUACAGUCAUAUGGAUGUCACGGUUUGAUGUGGAGGACUAUAUAUAAAUAUAUAUAAUCGCAGACGGUUUAAUAAAGAAUGACACCU